AUGGCCGGGCCCCUCCUGGCUUCGCGGUGCCCGGUCCGUCUGGCGCGUUCCCUGGGCCUCGGCCUCGGCCGCACCCUGGCCCGCCGCGCUCCUCCGGCCGUCGGGCUCGGCCCACCCUCGGGCCCCAUGCGCAGCCGCCGGUCGUCCAUCACACCCGUGGCCGGCGGCGAGGACUCGGGCUCAUCAGGCACCGAUGCGGCAUCGCCGGGCGCGCCCGUCCUGGCCGUCGAUCCUGACGCCCAGGUAGUAUCCCCUCCGAUCGAAUCUCGCGGUGACGACGGCCGCGGGCCGGGCGGGGACGAUGAGGGCGAGGAUGAGGACGACGGGUGGGGGGCGUGGCCGCAGUGGUGGCCGGACGGCCUGCGGCUGAGCAGGGGGGACGUCCUGACGGUGGCGAUCGCGCUGGGGAUCUCCUACGCCAUCCGGGCGCUGAUCGCGGAGCCCAGGUUCAUCCCGUCGCUGUCCAUGUACCCGACGUUCGACGUGGGCGACCGGCUGGUGGCCGAGAAGAUCACGUACAGGUUUCAGAGGCCGCCGGAGGCCGGGGACAUCGUCAUCUUCCAUCCGGUCGAGGGCGUGGUGCCGAAGAAACUGUUCGGUGAGGAUGUGUUCAUAAAGCGUGUGGUGGCGACGGGGGGGGAUUCGGUGGAGGUGAGGGACGGGGCGCUUUUGGUGAAUGGGCAGCGGCGGGCGGAGCCCUACCUGGCGGAGGCGCCCGCGUACACGCUGCAGAGGCUGGUGGUGCCGGCGGGGUCGGUGUUCGUCAUGGGGGACAACAGGAACCAGUCGUACGACUCGCACAUCUGGGGGCCCCUGCCCGUGGACAGGGUGCUGGGGAGGGCCGUGUUCGUGUACUGGCCGCUGAACAAGUUUGGCGAGCUGCCGGCCGCCAUGGCGGAGGCGCCGCCGGUGGCGCGGUAG